CCACGUUCAAGAAAGAUGCGGUUGUGUUACUGCGUGGCGGCGGCACUAAUUAGUCUGCUGUUCUUCUGGAUCCCAUCCUCAAUGUGCUGCAACAAGGCUCUCUGUGCAAGUGAUGUCAGCAAGUGCUUAAUACAGGAGCUGUGUCAAUGCCGACCUGUUGAAGGGAACUGUUCCUGUUGCAAGGAGUGCAUGUUGUGUCUGGGCACACUGUGGGAUGAGUGCUGUGACUGUGUUGGUAUGUGCAACCCUCGCAAUUAUAGCGACACACCUCCCACGUCCAAGAGCACCGUUGAGGAACUGCAUGGGCCAAUCCCCUCUCUUUUCCGAGCGCUUACAGAAGGGGACACCCAGCUGCACUGGAAUAUUGUUUCGUUCCCCGUCGCGGAAGAGCUGUCCCACCACGAGAACUUGGUCUCCAUUUUAGAGUCGGUGAACCACCCCCAGCACCAGAACGUCUCCGUUUCAAGCAACAACGUCCACACGCCGUUCUCCAGCGACAAAGAAGCCACGUGCACGGUGGUUUACUUCGAUGACUGUAUGUCAGUACAUCAGUGCAAGAGCUCCUGCGAAUCGAUGGGAGCAUCAAAAUACCGAUGGUUUCACAACGCCUGCUGCGAAUGUAUUGGACCAGAGUGUAUCGACUAUGGCAGUAAAACUGUAAGAUGCACAAAUUGUAUGUUCUGAAUCCGGAAGCUGAAUCUUUUUUUUUAUCACAGACACCAAAAUUAUUUUUUUAUUGAUAAAGAUUGAACUUGGGAGGAUUGCCUGAGAAUGGAAUAGUUGCAGCGCAGAGGAGAUGUACAAAAUCUUAAAACAUGUAAUUCCAACCCCGCUCCCUUUAAAUAAGGUAAAAUACAGUGUUAACUAGCAAAUGUGUGUUCUCUUAAAAUAUUAACCAGGCUUAUUAGAGUUUUCUUUGAUUUGAAUUCACCAACUUAUGUACAGGAUCGUCUUGUUGAGGAGGGGGAGCGUGAAGCUUCACAGAAAUUGCAACUAGAUCCAGAAAUCCAUAAACUCUGGAAUUUCCCCAAACUUUCAGAUUUGGACUGGUGUGUAGCUUGAUGCAGCGUGGCACACAGAUUUCUGUCGUGAUAGGUAUUUUUAAAAGUAGGGUGGCAGUUACAUGGAAGUCUCCAUCCACCACCAUUUGCUUAUAAGAAGGAAAGAAUCAAUAUUUUUUAACUCAAAAUAUGUGUCCGCUUCUCUUUGUUUCUUGCUCUAGUUCAAAAAAGAGAACAUCCAUUAAUUGAAAAUUAAAAUAUAAAUCAUAGUGAACUCAGAAAUAACUGAUAUGUAAGCAACAAGGAAGAGAUUUGGAUGAAAUGUAGUUGUGUCAGGAUCUUCUGCUAUCUUUCUUAUGUACAAAUCUUACUGAGGCUCAAUAAAGUAUAUUUUUAAAAGCCGGCUAAUUCUAUUUUUAUAAAAUUUAUAUACUUGA